ACCACAGAAGAAGAAGCUGCCGUAAACCUUUAUACGUCCAUGCCGUAAGCAAAUAAGAGGAAAGAAGCUUUGUGAGAAGAUAGUGAUCAGUCGAGUUCUGUCCGCAGCCUGAAGCGACUGAAAACAGAUUAAAUGCACGUUGAAGACGGUUUGUAAAUUAUGUGGACACAGAGUCCAGGUCAUCCAGGUUCAAGUUAAGAAUCGUGGACGACCAUUUAAAGACGCUUAGAAGCAAACAAAACAAACUUUUUCAAGCAUUUGAGACGUACGAAGAAAGAACCGGUAAACCUUUGGAUCAAGUCAUGUCUCGCCGAAGAAGCCGCAGUGCAUCUCCAGGGCGUUAUUCACGCUCCUGCAGCAGUAACGAUCCUAGAGAUUUGGAGAGGAGGAUUUUUGUUGGGAAUUUGCCGACCUCUGACAUGGAAAAGAAGGAUUUGGAAGACAUUUUCCACCCAUAUGGAAAGAUAGUCGGCGUAUCCAUGUUUCGUGGGUUCGGAUUUGUACAAUUUGAGCGCAUUGAGGAAGCCGAAGCAGCAAAGGCGGCCCAAAAGGGUCGAAUAUAUAAAGGUUAUAAAAUAGAUGUAAAUAUGGCAGUGGAGCGACGGCAAGCUAAACCUCAAUCCCAGCAGAGCCCUCCACGAAGGGCCCCGUAUAGCGGUUAUGGGGACAGCAAGGAGGCCCGGCCUCGGUCCCGUUCACCCGUGUAUGGGCGUGAUGGGGGGCGUGACGGACGCGACGGACGAGAUGGACGUGAUGGACGUGACGGACGUGAUGGACGUGAGCCCCGGGACAGCCGUGAUGGGAGGGGCUCAAGUAGAGAGCCUAGGUCAGGUGGCCACUCUCGUGAUCCCGAUUACCGUUACCGUGGUUCAGAGAGCAGAGACAAGGACCUCCGAAGUGACCCACGGGAUCCUGCUUACAGCAGAGAAGACUAUGAUCGAUACUACCGCAGUGGAAGUGGUGCAGAAGACUUUUACCGGAGGAAGGAUGAACCCUACAGGGACCCGUACAGAGAUCCGUGGAACGGACGGCGUGAGCCAGAAGCGGAUGAUCGUGCUCGACCAGAAGAGCGUCGGCGUAAUGAGUUGUAUCGACAGUACUAUGAACAACUCCAGCGGCGCUACGAAACUGACCGUCCUGUUGACUGCUCUGUGAUUGUCGUCAACAAGGCACAGAAGGAGUAUGCUGAGACGGUCGGGCGGAAAGUCCGUGACUUGGGCAUGGUGGUGGACCUGAUCUUCCUCAACACAGAAGUGUCACUAACUCAGGCACUGGAGGAUGUAGGCCGAGCCCGCACACCAUUUGCCAUCAUCAUUACCCAGCAGCACCAGGUUCACCGAUCCUGCACAGUCAACAUCUUGUUCGGGACACCUCAAGAGCAUCGAAACAUGCCAAUGCAGGAUGCCAUGAUGCUAGUUGCCCACAACUAUGACACCUACAAAGUUGAAAAACGUGAAAAAGAACGUGAGGAGAUUGCCAGGAAGGCUGCCAAGAUGGCGGACGAUGUGUUACUCCGGGAGCCCGACAGAGAGAGCCAUCCGAUUUCUGUGCUCACUGCCAUCACACUGCUGUCUGAAAACAGAUUUGUAACUCCAGACGAGCUGGAUGGUCUUGUUGCAUAUCUGAAGGAAAAAAGAGCACGGCUGCUACGAAGCACUGCAGACCCUCAUGCAGGUAAGAAACGGUUUGUAAAUUAUGUGGACACAGAGUCCAGGUCAUCCAGGUUCAAGUUAAGCAGUAACGAUCCUAGAGAUUUGGAGAGGAGGAUUUUUGUUGGGAAUUUGCCGACCUCUGACAUGGAAAAGAAGGAUUUGGAAGACAUGUUCAACCCAUAUGGAAAGAUAGUCGGCGUAUCCAUGUUUCGUGGGUUCGGAUUUGUACAAUUUGAGCGCGUUGAGGAAGCCGAAGCAGCAAAGGCGGCCCAAAAGGGUCGAAUAUAUAAAGGUUAUAAAAUAGAUGUAAAUAUGGCAGUGGAGCGACGGCAAGCUAAACCUCAAUCCCAGCAGAGCCCUCCACGAAGGGCCCCGUAUAGCGGUUAUGGGGACAGCAAGGAGGCCCGGCCUCGGUCCCGUUCACCCGUGUAUGGGCGUGAUGGGGGACGCGACGGACGAGAUGGACGUGACGGGCGUGAGCCCCGGGACAACCAUGAUGGGAGGGGCUCAAGCAGAGAGCCUAGGUCAGGUGGCCACUCUCGUGAUCCUGAUUACCGUUAUCGUGGUUCAGAGAGCAGAGACAAGGACCUCCGAAGUGACCCACGGGAUCCUGCUUACAGCAGAGAAGACUAUGAUCGAUACUACCGUAGUGGAAGUGGUGCAGAAGACUUUUACCGGAGGAAGGAUGAACCCUACAGGGACCCGUACAGAGAUCCAUGGAACGGACGGCGUGAGCCAGAAGCGGAUGAUCGUGCUCGACCAGAAGAGCGUCGGCGUAACGAGUUAUAUCGACAGUACUAUGAAGAACUCCAGCGGCGCUAUGACACUGACCGUCCUGUUGACUGCUCUGUGAUUGUCGUCAACAAAGCGCAGAAGGAGUAUGCUGAGACGGUCGGGCGGAAAGUCCGUGAUUUGGGCAUGGUGGUGGACCUGAUCUUCCUCAACACAGAAGUGUCACUAACUCAGGCACUGGAGGAUGUAGGCCGAGCCCGCACACCGUUUGCCAUCAUCAUUACCCAGCAGCACCAGGUUCACCGAUCCUGCACAGUCAACAUCUUGUUCGGGACACCUCAAGAGCAUCGAAACAUGCCAAUGCAGGAUGCCAUGAUGCUAGUUGCCCACAACUAUGACACCUACAAAGUUGAAAACCGUGAAAAAGAACGUGAGGAGAUUGCCAGGAAGGCUGCCAAGAUGGCGGACGAUGUGUUACUCCGGGAGCCCGACAGAGAGAGCCAUCCGAUUUCUGUGCUCACUGCCAUCACACUGCUGUCUGAAAACAGAUUUGUGACUCCAGAGGAGCUGGAUGGUCUUGUUGCAUAUCUGAAGGACAAAAGAGCACGGCUGUUAAGAAGCACUGCAGACCCUCAUACAGCUGCAGUCCAUGCUGCACCUUCUGCAGCAUCACAUCAUGACCUUCCGCCCUCAGCUGCAGGACUGCCUCCAUCCCACUCUACUCACACACCAUCACAGUCCAGCCACCUUGGCCUGUCAGCUGGUCCAAGUGCCUCAACUAAUCCCAGCCACCAGCAGGAGCUGCAGGCUAAAAUCCUCAGCCUGUUCAACAGCGGCACCGGAGUGUCAGCAGCCUCUGGAGGUCCACCCUCCUCCACCUCCUCACAGUCCCAGUUGUACAGCUCCCUUGGCCCAUCCCCUCUCCAGAACCCAUCCCGCCCACCCAUGCCUGGCCCUCCUUCAGCUGGAUCCCAGGGGUAUGGUGCCCCAUCGGGCUGCAUGCCAGUCACACCAGGUGGUCCGAGACCCCCCAGCUCUGCUUCAGGUAUCAAUUUUGACAACCCGAGCGUCCAGAAAGCUCUGGACACCCUCAUUCAGAGUGGACCGUCUCUCAACCACCUGGUGGGCAGUGGGGCCUCUCAACCACAACCACCAAGGCCGGCACCCGGCAUGGGCCAGAUCCCACCCAUGUCUAUGUAUCCUCGACAUUACUGACGGGUUGUAGUGAAUGAAUCUCCUCUCCCUCCGAUACAAGUAGACACCACAUCAAUUUUCUGUGCAGUGAAUUUACCAGCUGAAUAUACGUAGACUGUAGGGAUGUUUUAUAAAAGUUUUUAAUUUUAUUCUGGACCUUGUGUUUAGUUGGUUAAACUGGCCUGUAUUUUCAAUGGUUAUGAGACAGAAGAUUAUUGUUCAGUCUUCUUACUUGUGAGUCAAACUAUGAGGCAAUGUUGCAUGUGUACAGUAAGUUUUGGUGCAAGUUGAACCCCUUAGUUCUUUUCCAACCAUGAUCUGUUGUGUUUUACAGUUUUUGCACAGUGUCUUUGUAAUUUGGAACAUUUUCAUUGUUAAAACAAGACGUGAUUAAAAACUCCAGACACAAUUACUGUAAUAAAAUGGUAUUGGUUUAUUGCA